AAAUGAUAAUAUUAUUGAUGAAAGUAGUUGUUUAAUUUUUGCCAAUCAAUGUUUACAAGAAUUCUACAAUAAAAAGGAACAUUAUCGACGCGAAUUAAAUGUCAAGACCACUCGUUCAUCUGGUUAUAACUGUAGCAUGGAAUAUACUAUUGAAAAAUUUGUACAACAAGGACUUCAAUCUUUACAUAUUGAAAUCAAUGAAUAUAUUGCCACGGUUCAAUAUCAUUAUACCAAUUUAAUAUUUCAACAAAUUUAUUUUGCUCAAAAUCCUAAUGCAAAUCAAAUACAAUCUUCGCUCUUAAUCAUAUAA